CCGCCUCCACUUGAGCACAACGGGCGGCGGGCAUUUGCUCGAGACUCACGACUGUCAGGCGUGUGAAGCACGCCUGACUCGCGCGAAGCUGACUCUAGAUCCAUGAUUGCUUGGGUUCUCAUCCUUGAUCACAAUGUCAGCCUUGACCAUUUCUCGGCGCAUGCUGAAAGAAGCACCACCUUCACCCGUCAUUAUCGGUGAUGGCAUUUUUCCCCACUCAAGAGCUGGCUUUCGAGCCCCUCUUGCAGCCCAUAGAGCUGGGCCCGCACGCAGCAGCGGCCUCCACGUCCACACCCACAUCCUCAGCUCGACUCUCGGCGUAUCCUACCCCAUCCCCACCUCGCAGCCUACCGACAGGAUUGAUUACAAAUCACUACUUUCUGGGUAGCACAUCGCGACGCUCACGUCUUGGAGAUGGGUCACUGCCAUUGUCUCUGUCCCAGCUCCAAAGCUCAUGGCCACCAGCUGAACCCGCCAGGCUUCGAGACGCUCCUCCAACCCCAGACGAGGUGGAGCGUCGACCGAGCAGGUACACCGCAUUCACGGCUGCCAAAGCCAGUGACACUGUGCCCGAUGCUUCUGUCUGCCCGCCUUUGAUAGCUGUCUCGCGCUUUGUUCCAAAUCGGACUGCUAUCGGAUCGUCGUCAAACCGCGCAUCCACCCAGCGCAUCACUUUACUUCUCACCCAUGGCGCCGGCUUCCACAAAGAGCUGUUCGAACCCAUGAUCGAGCAUGUCGUCGAGCUGCUGCGCGCAGGUGGAAAUCAUUCUAUCGAGUUGGAGGAAGCUUGGUGCAUCGAUAUGCCAGGUCACGGCGAUUCAAGGGCAGUGAAUGGCAGCGGCCCUUGGCUCAUCGAUGGCAAAGACUAUAUGCGGGACGUCCUUACCUUUGUUGCUCUGUACCUGCCGUCGCUUCGAAGUGAAGCGAACGAGCACAUGCCUACGCUUUUGAAGCCGGACGUCGACGCGAUCAAGCUCUUGUCCAAUGCGCACAACGGACCGCGAGAUGCUCCUCUUGCCCUCUCUACGCGUCCGAACCUCGUUGGUAUUGGCCACUCGAUCGGCGGAGAGACCAUGGUGGGGUUGGCGAUGCAUGCGCCAAGAUUAUUCAGCAGCAUAGCAGUCAUCGAGCCCAUCAUUCUCGAUGCGGCGACCCAGGCAUUUGGGACAAGACUGCCACUGGCCAGGUUCGCGCUCAAAAAGGAAUGGAGAUGGGACAAUGUCGAAGAGGCACAAAAGCAUUUCUUGGCGCAUCCCGUGUAUGGACAGUACAGAUUUGACGUCAGGGAGAAAUUUCUUGCGCACGGUGUUACAGCCUCUUCAUUUUCGGCGACAAGAAGGGCCGAGAAGGCUGUCAUGCUCAAAGCGAGCCCGUACACGGAAGCAAUUGCAUACCUUGACCAUCAGACAGUCGUGAGCCUAGCACCUCGAGGCGCCUUCUUCCCUCCUAUUCCGUCUCUUUGGAUCACAGGAUCCCGGCCACUGAUGUACUCUGCGAAAGAGGCACCACCACUGGAGACUGUGCAUCGCCUUGCUCAGCGCUUCCGAGGAAUGCAGGUCGAGGUGCUUCAAGGAGGCCACAAUCUGCCCUACGACGACCCCGCGUCGGUGGCAAAGGCGAUUUGUAGAUUCAUUACUGCUUUUACCGGAACCGCAUCCAGCGCAUCGCACCUCUAAUCGCCUCUUCGGAUAUUCUUCUGUCAACUUACACUCGGUCGGCGAGUGCCUCGCCCAGCUGCGCAAAGCGCCGCACUUGUAUGUUCACCUUGACGACUUGAUCGCAAGCAAGCAGAUGAGUCACACCAAGAGACGGCAGACGCAUCUUUAAAUGUGGCAGCAGGCACGAUGAUAGAAUACAAGAGAUCGAGCAACGCGGGUCGUGGUGAUACGUCUGGAAUGAGAUUAUGUUGGGUGUUUGAGCAGCGUGCAUCGCGCUUGACAGGGAGGCAGAGAGAAGCGAAAAGCGAGCAAGCGCUGCAAAGGACCAGUGUUAAGUAGGACGAAACGCAAU